UGGAGUUGCAGAGCUGUUGUGUGGUGUGACCAAUUUUGGCUAAAUUUUGAAGUGCAGUCAUGGCCGCCACCCCCAAGGUGCUUCUGGCGGAUCUUGCCGCUUCCGGCAUCACCUGCCUCCCUUCCCGAUUCAUUCGGCCCGUCUCUGAUCGUCCCAACUCCUCCGACGUCCACCAACCAUCGUCGGACGGCUCCUCUUUCCCCCUCAUUGACCUCCAAGGCCUCCACGGCCCUGCCCGUCCCGAUAUCCUUCGACAAAUCGGACACGCCUGCAAACACGACGGUUUCUUUCUGGUGAAGAACCAUGGGGUGCCGGAGAAGAUGAUCGGCAGAAUACUUGGGUUAGCCCGGGAAUUUUUCCGGCUGCCGGAAAGUGAGAGAAUGAAGAGCUAUUCGGAAGAUCCGACGAAAACGACGAGGCUGUCGACGAGUUUCAAUGUGAAGACAGAGAAAGUAUCGAACUGGAGAGAUUUCUUGAGACUCCAUUGUUACCCUGUGGAGCUUUAUGCUCAUGACUGGCCCUCCAAUCCACCAUCCUUCAGAAAAUACGUGGCCGAGUACUGCACCAGUGUGAGAGAGUUGACACUAAACCUACUCGAAGCCAUUUCAGAGAGUUUAGGGUUGCCAAAAGACUCCAUAACUAAUUCAAUUGGGAGCCAUGGUCAGCACAUGGCCCUCAACUACUAUCCGCCAUGUCCACAACCAGAGCUCACCUAUGGCUUGCCCGGCCAUACUGAUCCCAACCUCAUCACUCUCCUCCUCCAAGACCAAGUUCCCGGCCUCCAAGUCCUUCGCGACGGUGCUUGGGUCGCCCUAAACCCCAUCCCGAACACCUUUAUCAUCAACAUUGGUGACCAAAUGCAGGCAUUGAGUAAUGACAAGUACAAGAGCGUGCUUCAUCGGGCUGUUGUGAAUAGCACAAAGGAGCGAAUAUCGAUACCGACGUUUUACUGUCCAUCACCGGAGGCAGUGAUCGGGCCGAUCAAGGAGCUACUCAACAAUGAACAUGAAGCCGUGUAUAGAAACUUUUCUUAUUCUGAAUAUUAUCAAACGUUUUGGAAUGAAGGACUUGCAACUGAAAGAUGUUUAGAUAUGUUUAAGGUUACCUAAGGAUUUCAUUUCAAUCACAUUGGUCCCAACACUCUAGUUCAAUAGUUCAACUUUAGUCAUUGAUGACAAAUUUGCAUUUGCAUUGAUAUAUUGUGGGGUCUUUUUUCUUUGAUAUUUUCUCUCUAGCUUCUGGGCUCUCUAUGUCUCUUUCGUUAGCUUACGAGAAUCGCUAAACUUAUCCACUUUCUUAA